AUGGAUGGUGUGGGUCGUCAUGAUAAACUCGGACAGCCUUUCACCCUGCUCAUUCCAUUCCACUCCGUGAGUCCCGAUGUGAAGCUCUUCAGCCGUUCUUCUGGGGCCAAUCUUGGCGUUAAAAUCACCGACGAUGACCUUGAAGAAAGUGUGGUCUUUUCUGUAGAGCUUCUCCAGAUCCAUAUAAAACGCUUCCAACUCCUCUUCUUCGUAGCUCGAUGUUGGUGUGUAAGCAACGAAGAUGCUUUCGUACGAAUCGAUGUUCCUGGCCAAGUGCGUAUUGACGAGGACACCUACGCCGCCGACGCCUCUACUGUCGCAUGUUCCAAGGAACAGUUCUUCUCCAGUCUCAAAUACAGCGUGCAGCGGGCGAUGCCUUCUCGUCUCGGUCAGUCCGAUGACGUCGUACUUGAUCUUCCUAGCUUGCAUCAUCAGGUCUUCUAA